AUGACUGAUCAUGGUGAUGACGAGUAUCGGUCGCGGCCUGUCUCAUUGAACGACAACAAGGAGAAUUCGACUCCGGCCAAGAAGGUCGCCACACUGUAUGGCGGCACACCCAAGUCUGCGGACCGCCUCAUCAAGCCGUUCAAAUGCCCUGGCUCUGCAACCCCGACACGGGCCUCGGAGAAACCGGCGCGGAAGAGGAGAAAGAUCAAUUACUCUGGCGCAGAUGGAGACGCCGAGGAUGGCGACAAGCCCUAUACAAACGAGGACCGCCUUGCUCUGGCCACUCGAGAUGUCAAUAGGUAUCCCGUCUUCAAGGCGAAGGACAAGGACAGCACUCUCCGCCAGCGCUUCUCCGUCCCUAUGCUGAAGAAGGACACGGCCGAGUACAAUUCCAAUCGUCCUGCCCCACUGCUGGGAAUGCGACAAGGCGCUGUCUUCCUCGCCCGUCCGUUGCACGACCCCACCGGCGAGUUCGCAAUCGUCCUCUACGAUCCCACCGUCGACGACAAGCCCGCACCGCUCGAGGAUGGCAAAGACCCCAAGCCGGAGGAGCCACCAAAGACAGAGCUGGACGUGCCGCUCGUGCACAAGAGCUUGGCAGAUAUUCUCGGCUUGAAGAAGAAGGUUGAAGGACGGCCGAGGGUACCUGUCGUCAUCGACCCUCGGCUGGCCAAGGUCUUACGACCGCAUCAGGUCGAGGGAGUGAAGUUCCUAUACCGCUGCACCACCGGCCUGAUCGACCCGAAGGCCAAUGGAUGCAUCAUGGCCGACGAAAUGGGUCUCGGCAAGACGCUGCAAUGUAUCGCGCUGCUGUGGACGCUUCUCCGCCAGUCACCCGAAGCCGGGAAGCCAACCAUCCAGAAGUGCGUCAUUGCCUGCCCUUCGAGUUUGGUCAAAAACUGGGCAAAUGAGUUGGUCAAGUGGCUGGGCAAGGAUGCCAUCACUCCUUUCGCAGUCGAUGGCAAGGCCUCCAAGGAAGAGCUUAUCCAGCAACUCCGCCAGUGGUCCAUUGCCAGCGGCCGUGCCGUCGUCAGACCCGUCCUCAUUGUCUCGUACGAAACGCUCCGUAUGUACGUCGGCGAGCUCAAGCAGACGCCGAUCGGUCUUCUGCUUUGCGAUGAAGGACACAGAUUGAAGAACGAUGAGAGCUUGACCUUCACCGCCCUCACUGCUCUCAACGUGCAACGGCGCGUCAUUCUUUCGGGGACACCCAUUCAGAACGACUUGUCCGAGUACUUUGCACUCCUCAACUUUGCCAAUCCGAGCUACCUCGGCACCAAGAACGACUUCAGAAAGCGCUUCGAGCUUCCCAUUCUCCGUGGCCGCGAUGCAGAUGGCACUGACGAGGACCACAAGGUAGGCAACGAGCGCUUGUCCGAACUGCUCACUUUGGUCAACAAGUUCAUCAUCCGCCGCACCAACGACAUUUUGUCCAAGUACCUGCCUCGAAAGUACGAACACGUUGUAUUCUGCAACCUUGCGCCGUUUCAAAAAGACCUGUACAAUCUUUUCAUCAAGUCUCCCGAGAUCCAGCAGCUGCUCCGGGGCAAGGGCAGCCAACCGCUGAAGGCCAUCAACAUCCUCAAGAAGCUCUGCAACCACCCAGAUCUGUUGGAGCUGCCGGCUGAUCUGCCAGGCUCCGAGGAAUGCUUCCCGGAUGACUUUGUUCCGAAGGAUGCUCGUGGGCGCGACCGGGACGUCAAGGCGUGGUACUCGGGCAAGAUGGCCGUGCUCGAUCGCAUGUUGGCCCGCAUCCGGCAUGACACCAACGACAAGAUCGUCCUGAUCAGCAAUUACACGCAGACGUUGGAUGUCUUCGAGAAGCUCUGCCGGACGCGCCAAUACGGCUGUCUUCGUCUCGACGGCACGAUGAAUGUCAACAAGCGUCAGAAACUCGUUGACAAAUUCAAUGAUCCCGAGGGUCCCGAGUUUGUGUUUCUGCUCAGCUCCAAGGCCGGUGGGUGCGGCAUCAACCUCAUUGGCGCCAACCGGCUUGUGCUCUUCGAUCCCGACUGGAACCCUGCGGCAGACCAACAGGCUCUCGCGCGUGUAUGGCGUGACGGCCAGAAGAAGGACUGCUUCGUUUACCGCUUCAUCGCCACGGGCACCAUCGAAGAGAAGAUCUUCCAGCGGCAGUCUCACAAGCAGUCGCUCUCGUCGUGCGUGGUAGACUCUGCAGAAGACGUCGAACGCCACUUCAGCUUGGACUCGCUUCGCGAGCUCUUCCAGUACCAGCCGAAAACUACAAGUGACACGCACGAUACGUUCAAAUGCAAGCGGUGCAGGCCUGAUGGCAACCAGCACAUCAAGGCUCCUGCCAUGCUGUACGGCGAUACGAGCACUUGGAAUCACUUUGUCAACGAUGGAGACAAGGGAGCGCUUGCGAAGAUCCAGGACUUGUUGCUCAGGCAAGAGACGUCGGAGGAAGCUGUCAGUGCUGUCUUCCAGUACAUUAGCCACUGA